CAUAAUCCUUAUUCACAACUGUGGUAAACUAAACCUGUUCACUCAUAAAUUCAACUUAUGCUGGCCAUCAUUGUCUGCUCUUAAUUGAUGAGCUUCAUACAACAGAGAGAUGAAAAGCCAAGUAGCUUUCACUGAUGAGGACGACUGUGAGUCAUGUAGAUUGGCAUACUGUUGGUGGCGAACAGCUACUAAAUUCGAUGAAUGUGCUAAGCUGAAGCUGGAUUUUCCUGACGUUUCCAUUCUAACGCCUAGGCUGAGACUGCUUAGAGAACUGGAGAGAUUGGCUCUCAUUGCACCUGAUGGACUAAACGAGCUUCGCCACAAGCUUCUUGGGUAUCGUUCAGGUGACUUCUGGGUACCCAUUGGAGGCAUCAACAAGGAAGAUAUGGAUAUUCCUCCCGUGAACACUAUUCUCUUGGUGGGAUUCUCUGGUUCCGGCAAGAGCUCCCUUAUAAAUCUUAUGUACAGUAUUCUUGGUCGGUCUGGCUUAAUACCCUUUGCUCAAACAUCAUCAGGAAGUUGUUCCAAUUACACAACCAUGUACAUGGAAGAACACAAUGUCCUGAGAUCAAUGCGAAGCGGUUUCUGCGUUUACGAUUCAAGAGGGUUCGAUUAUGGUAGAACAAGGGAGGCAUUGGAGGAAUUAUCGAGUUGGAUGAGUGAAGGGGUUCAUCAUAACCAGCUUUGCUUGAGAUAUCGCGACAGCAAAAUGAUGACAGACGAUAUGGAAAAUGAUGACAUGGGAUCGUCUUCGAAGUUCGUGCUGAGAAGAGUGAAUUGCGUGAUAGUGGUAGCUAACAUGGCAGAGAUUUACCAAGCUUUAAAAGCAGGCGAUUUGAAGCCAUUAGAGGCCAUCAGACAGCUCUUCUGCUGUGCUGCUUUGCGAAACAGCAAUGAAAACCCUCUCGUGAUCUUGACACACGGUGACUUGUUAUCCACCGAAGAGAGGAUCGAUGGCAGGCUGAAGAUAUGCGAAUGUCUGGAUAUAUCGGAGACCAAUGGCGUUUAUGACAUAGUAUGCCUUACAGAAUACGGAUUUCUCGAAGAAGAAUGUGAUCCAGUGUCAGCCUAUGCCUUAACUGAAGUUGUGUACAGGGCACUGCUUAUCUCAGAUAGAGGACAGCUCCCAAAGAAAAGAUUCCAUCACCGGGCACUGUUGAUAUUACUAUGCCUUGUACGUUUCAUCGGUGUAUGCUUUGCUUUCCUAGCUGAUGUUUGUUCCAGACUUGGGGAGAAAGAGAAACUGAGGAUAUGAAUUCAAGAGAUCAACAGCUUAACACCAAGGAUUUUAUUUUGACUCACUGACUUGACAUGCCGGACCGAGUUGAGACUCUUCACUCAUGUCUUAUUAAUUUGUAACCAUAUGAAAGAAUAGGACCGUUUGGUAGCGUAGUUAUGCAGUCGAGAAAAUUGUUGCUCGUGUUUGUAAUAAAUUUUGGAACAUACUCGUUUUCUAAUUUCCUCUUCAAAUUGCAACAAGAACAAUUCAUCCUUUUCACCA